CAAUAAAAAUAAAAUCCUAGUUAUCUGAUUAAAAACAGGUCGAGAGUGGAGGAUGUCAAGAUGGGUGAAGUCGAGAAGAGUACUCAUACCCGCCCGCCCCCAUAAGGGUAGGUAUUACCCACUUUAAAAUAGGUCAAAUAGAUCGGAUAAUAUGUGUCACAUCAAAAUUUCCAUCCCUAUUUUAAAGUGAAAAUGACUAAGAUUUUAUUUGGAGUUGCAUGAUGCUAAGAAACUAUUUACAAGAUAGUGGCAGAAGAAGACAUCCUCCUCUUUUUCUAAAAAUUGAGGUAGUGGAGUGAAAAUCAUAUAAAUGACAGUGGGAAAUUAGAAAUCUCAUUAAUGAAUUCAUAGUUUGAAAGAUAAUAAAAGAUGAGAAAGAACACGUCUCCAAUAAUUAUCGCAAAUGACUGGGAUGAGGUAAAUUCAUUUUGCAUGAUAAUGAUGUUUCAUAUUUGAAUAAGUUUUGCCUUCAAUUUGAUAGCAAUGAAAUGAGGAGAAUGACCAAGACCAUUUUGAUGGUGGAGGCAUGAUUAUGAGAAAUGAUUUACAACUUUAUUUACAACUUUUUAUAGUUAAAUUAUAAGGCAAUAAAAAUAAAAUCCUAAGCAAUCUAUAAAGGGUAGGUAUUGCCCAAUUUAAAACAUGUCAAAUAAAUUGAAUAAUAUGGGUUAGGUCCAAAUUGGCAUCCCUAUUUGAUGAGUUUUUGUAAUGACUUAUGUAAGAAUUUUCAAUGCACAUUACAAAAAAUAUCAUCUUUUACAUGAAACAUAUGUAACUUAUUUAAUUAUAAGGGUUAUAUGGUAGCAAAAUAAUGGGAUUAUUUAGGCAUGAGAAUACAAAAAGACGUGUUACAAUUAUAAAGUGGAGGACAAGUAAUAUUGCAAAGGUGGAGGAUUUUGGACAUAUGUAAUUAUUGAAUAAGUAUUCUCAAUCUGACUUCAUAUCGUGUAGAAAAAUUUGAACCUGACUUUGUAAUUUUGAAGUGCAUAGGUCUAAGAUUUUUUUUUUUUGGAGUUGCAUGAUGUUGAGGAACUAUUCCAAAAUAGUGGUUUAAGAAGUAUUCCUCCUCUUUUUCUAAAAAUUGAGGUAAUAUAGUGAAAAUCACAUAAAAUGACAUUGGAAAAUUACCUCAUGAGUAAAUUCAUAGUUUGAAAGAUAACCAAAGAUUGAAAGUUCACAUCUCCAACAAUUACUGCAAAUGAUUUGGAUGAAGUAAAUUUAUUUUGCAUGAUAAUGAUGUUUCUUUCAUAUUUGCAUUAGUUUUGCCUUCAAAUUUGUUAGCAAUGAAAUUAGGAGAAUGACAAAGACCCAAUUGAUGGUGGAGGCAGUCAAGGCAGUGAUACAUAUAACGAUAUUGUUAAGAAUAAGGAAGAGACAUUUGAGAGUAGUGAUAGUAAAAUUAGUGAUGAAUAUAUUUAUGCUGUUAAUGAUUGAGACAAUUACUGUUUAUAGUUUAUAUCAUUGACGAAAAGUAUCCGACCAACGGGCCAGGUCUUUAUCUAGUUUAUUAUAUAUAUAUAUUGUCGAUAGGUCAACUUCUGUCAAUUGCUAACUAGGCUGACUUUGUUUUCAUUUUUUUCUUUUAUUUUGGACACAUUCUGGUUAUCUUUAUUAAUAUAUCCUUACCAUUAAAAAAGUCUAGCUUGAACCUUUUGACAUUUAUAUAUGCCUAUGUUGUGAUGAGAUGAAAUUAUUCUUACUUGGAAUGAAAGGCAAACUUAGAUAUCAAUAUCAUACAAAAUCAAAUAGAAAAUUGAAAAAUUUCAUUAACAUUUCAUUUUGGGAAAAAUUCAAAUUUUGAAAAUGGGAGUAAGGAUACCUUUUUCAACCAUUUGAAUGCAUGAAUUAGCUUGAAAUUAGCUUCAAAUUAUAUUUCACACUCUCGGACGAUGAUAAUACUUCAAAUAUUCUACAUAUCCAUCUAUUCUCUAGACGUCAUUUAGAAGGAUUGUCGACAAAUUUAAACUGAUUGAUAGAUUAAACAUAACAUAGAAGUAUAUACUCAAAUAUGAACAUGCAUAAUACUAUCUUCAUUCGGACAACGGCCGAGUUAUAAGCUAAUAUAUAAAAUUUGUACAAAAAAUUCAAUUAAAUGGGCAUUCUCAUUUCUCACGGUCCCACCCGACGUGCUUCAUCGAUAUAUAUUAUUAUUGAGGAACAAUAUUGGGCCUGCCCUUUUCCUUUCCCAUAAAUGGGCCCCAGGAUUGAAUAGCUUUACCUCAUUACACUUGAACCUUAAAUUCAGUAGCCGGUCCACACAAUUACAGUCGGACCUGUUCGAUAUGUACAUGUGCUCAUUUGGGCUAAUGAAUUUAUUCAAAACCAAAAUCGGUUCAUUUGGUAGUUCGUUAUUUGUCGUGUCAAAUAUUAAAGGAGUUUGACUUUAUUUCAUAGUAUAUAAUUUGUCCUGCUGGGAAAUUGGGAAACUAGAUAUGUAUAUUUUCUCUUAUUUAGAGUGAUAAAUGAAAAUAAAAAUUGAUCAUGAGUUCAUUUUUUUUUUCAAAAGCUCACUUGCAUUACCAAGAGAAAUAGAUACCAAUGUUUACAAACCACAUAAUAACCAAAUCCGAAAAUCAUAACCACAAACACCAGCAGGAAACAAAGAAAGAGUCUUUUUAGCUACCAAAUGAGCCGCUCGAUUGUUCUCCAUGCCUCGAAACCCAACUGAAAAUCCUGUGAAUAACUCCCGGAGUAGAGAUAUCUCGUCUAAAAUCGCACCACCCCGCCCGUCCCAAGUCACCCGAUCCUUGAUUUUGGAAAUAACAACUUGCGCAUCACCCAGGAACGAGACUUCAGUUAAACCCUUCACAGAGCACCAAUGAAUCGCGUCCCGGAAAGCCAUUAGUUCACUCACAAACGGAUCUGUCAAACCUGCAUACAUAAAACCCUGUGCAAACAACAUAGUACCCGCUUGAUCCUGCACCACCAUCCCACCCGCAGCAUGGGACCCCACCUUUACUGCGCCAUCCACAUAACAAACUUAAGGCGUACCAAAAUUCGUCUCUACCCUCCCGCGCACUAAAUGGGGAUUCACCACCACUCCAGAAUUAAAAUAACAGUAUAAUUUCUAAUCAAAUUAUUUUAGUAAUACAAGUUACAACGAAAUACUACAACAUGUGUUUCUUUUUUGAAAAAAAUAGUAAAGUACACAAAGCGUCUACAUUAUCCAACAAGUCUCAUUCGAUAUAUCUCACUAUACAAUGAAUGCUUAUUCAAAUAUUGAAGCUUGUACUUUUUAUGCAAGGCAAAUUUGAAAAAACUCUAUCGAUAUUUGUAGUUACAACCGAUGAAGUCAAUAUUGUCCUUCAUACGAAAAUGGACCAACAAUGACUUUGUUUUCAACGUCAUAAUUGAUCUUAGAAGAAACUCGCCGUUCAUAAUGGUUGUAGCUAUCAACGUAUUAUAGAAGAAACGAGUCAGAAAUGGAAUGAAAGUUUUGGUAUACUAGGGCUUAAAUGGACCUUGCUCAAAAGUGGUUGUUAAUUUUAACAGGAAAUGACUUGAGAUAUUAACGAUAACAUUUUGGGCUAAUACCAUUAUAAUACCCGAACUAUCCUGAAAAUGCCACUUGCGUUCUAUUGUUUCAAAUAUUUCAUCUGUGUCCUGAACUAUUAUACUUUGCGCCAUUUGUAUCCUGUCGAUUUUGUUGACAUGGCAAAAAUGCGGCUGCCAUAUAGAUGCCACAUCAUUGACACCUCAUAUUUUUUAAUUAAAAUUAAAUUAAAAUUAAAAAAAUUUAAAUUCAAUAGUAUUAUUAAGCAAACAUUUUAAAACAAAAUAAAAAAACUCUUCAUAUUCUUCUUCUUGGUGCAAGAUAUUUGUUGCGGCGAAACUGAACGAGGUCGCGGAAUUCUUCGAUGAUGGUUUGCCUUCCUCUACUCCCUCUUUUUCCUCUGUGUGUUGCAAAAUUGAAGGACUCAUUUGAAAGCAUUCUCGCUGAUUGAGCAUAGCCUUUCCAUUUGCACCAGUUUAAGCGAAUAGUUAAACAGAAAGAGAAAUGACGAGGGCAGAUAGUUUCAGUAAGGAGGCGGAGGGUAUCCCUCUGUACAGAGCCCACAGUGGUUGGGAUUUGGAUGAAAUCCACCGUGUUUCUGGGUUCGGGAAGCAGAACGGAGGGUUAGGAGAUGGUGGCGGCCAGGAUCGACGGUGGCUGGGAUUUCAAAUCGAUGAUGCAAAUCUGAAAAACCUCACCGCGGCGAAGGAGGCGGCGAAAGUGAGGAGGAGAGGGCGUUGUGGCCAAAGAUUGAAUCGGGCGAGGAGGGAUGUGACUUUCUCCUACCGUCACUCUAGAAAAUGGCCAAGUGUAACCACUUCCUAAAGCGUAGUAUAGCGGGUUUGGGUUUUAAUGUCAACCCGGGUCCUAAGUGUGAUGACUACUCCGUGAGUUCUUAUUAUUUAUCAGUGAAAGUGUAGUGCAGGUCCAAAACAAGCAAACAAGCAAAGCAAUUAAAAGGUUGUUUUCAAGUCGAGAGAGGUCACCCGGAUAUGGUUCCCUCUAGAUUGCAGUUAAGCCAGAUUGUAAUUUACCAAGUUCAAUUUCAAUGAUAGUUAUACCACGGGAGGUUCUUAAACUGUCCGCAGUCUCGACUAAAGGUCUCCAGACCCUCUCAAUCUGAGUCCCCAGCGGGCGACUAACCUCCACCGGAAUAAACAAAUUGAGGCCCUAACGAACCAAACCUCCACUACCGAAGUAAAUCCGGUACAGAAUAGUGAAUUGACUCCUCGACUAAAGUCGUCAAUUCACUACCUUCAAUCAAGGGUGCUCUUUCAACCUAGGCAGAUAUUCUCUUUCUAGGUUAAAGCAGAAACAACAAGAAUUUGAUCAGGAUUCAUGCCAUUCAAUAAAUCAAACCUCAAUUGAAUAUAAUCAUAUCACUGAAUCUGUACCUGGGUUCAUACAAUCAGACCUAACAUACAAAUCUAGGGUUCUUCAUACCCAGGUGAAAGAGAAAGUUACUCCAUAGAGAGAGAUGGGAAAUCUAGCUCAGAUGCCGAAACCAUACUGUGAAGGAUGAGAUUCUGCUUCUGGCAAUCAAUCAGCACUUCUCCAAGCUCAAGCCGGACUCCAAUGGUGAUGGAGAUCGAUCUAGGCACUUGAAGAAUCAAGUUCGUCACUUUCUCUCUCUAGGUAUACGCUUUUUCUCUCUAAAACUCGGGACCCUUCAACUUUGCCCUUCUUUUCCAUUAAGAAGUUGUAAAUCGCGAUCCCCGGUCAGAAUACCCGGUCGGGUAUUUUAGGCGGAGACCGGGGAUUCUUAAACGCACCGUCGCGGAUAGGGGAUUAAUCCCCGGUCAAGGUCAGGAAUACCCGACAUGUGAUUUUUCCUUAAUGCCCGGACCCCCCUCUGCUUCUCAAACGACCAAAAGAGGUUUUCCCCGGUCAUCUCAUAUUAAUACCCGGCCGGGUAUUUUCCUCCUCCAGCACACUUCACCUCAAACGUGCUCCUUUCGACCCGAAACUCGUUUCUUCGCCUCGAUGCCAACGCCAAGCCCUGAAAUAUGACAUAAACACACAACCUAGCGUGAAAUCGGCUUAAAACACGAGAAUCAACAUCUCAAACGGCUCAAGAAUAGGGUAAAAACAUGUGCAAUUAACGGUCUAUCAAAUUCUCCCACACUUAACCGUUUGCAUGUCCCCAAGCAAACCUGACUCAAACCAAUGCAGCUCUCCAGACCUCUAUAGCAACAAACAACCCCGAUCGUCGGUAGAGGAUUUCCUAGAUCAUAAAGCAGCUUACGAGGU